AGCAACCACAAUCAUGAUGACCUUAUACGUCGAGAUAAGAUUGUGAUCUCAGGUUAAUAAAGAUGGAGAUAAUGAUUAUCCGAUUAAGAAUAGCAACUUGCAAUAAAAAUUCAAACAACCAAUGUUCUAGUUGCCAUUUUGAAUCAAGAUGUUGCUAAGAAAUGUGAUCUACCUUUUGACAACAUACGUAUAUGUGAAUGCAGACGUUUUAGUUACGAUUCCAAAAGGGACUAUCAGGGGAAGAAAAGAAUAUUCUUUGAGGAAUAUCUCAUUUUAUGCAUUCCAAGAAAUCCCGUUUGCGAAACCGCCAGUAGGAGAACUGAGAUUUAGGGAUGCACAGCCAGAGGAAGGAUGGGAGGGUAUCUUGGAUGCGACAAAAAAUACGAAAGUGUGUUAUCAACAAGGUAACAUCUACAACGAGGCCAACUUGACGCUUAUGGAAAACGAGGAUUGUUUGUAUUUAAAUGUUUAUACUCCAAUGUAUCCCACAUCAGAGGCUUCGCUGCCAGUGAUGUUCUAUAUCUAUGGGGGAGGAUUCGUCAAUGGAGCUGCUAACUUUGCUUAUUUUGGGCCCCAUUACUUCAUGGAACACGAUGUGAUUGUCGUCACAGCCAACUAUCGUGUAGGACCAUUCGGUUUUCUAGCAACUGGUGACCUAGUCAGUCCUGGCAACUACGGUUUGAAGGAUCAACUCUUGGCCUUGAAAUGGGUCAACCAAAACAUCAAAUAUUUCGGUGGUGAUCCAGAAAAAGUGACCAUAUUUGGUCAAAGUGCUGGAGCAGCAUCAGUCAACUUCCAUUUGAUGAGCAAACAAUCUGAAGGUUUAUUCAGGGCAAGUAUUGCUCAAAGUGGAUCGAUUUUGUGUCCAUGGGUGUACCAGAAAGAUUACAAGAACAUCGCAUAUGACCUAGCUUCUUAUGUCGAUAGUAACUUCCAAAGGAAUUCAAGCUCAGAAGAAUUGCUGAGAUUUUUGAGGAACGUUCCAGCUAGUGACCUGAAGAAAGCUGCAGCGAGUUAUCCGGCGCAAAUGAUGAAUGACCAAAUCACCCAAGGAUUUGUGUUCGCAGUUACAAUCGAGCCUGAACACGAAAAUGCCUUCAUCACUGAGUCAAUGUAUGCAGCUGUGGAAAAAGGGCAUAUUAAUCCCGUGCCCAUGAUGAUUGGUACAUGUUCUGAAGAAGCGAUAACAUUCGCCACUAAUAUUCACGACUUCGAAUGGUCUACCAGACAAUUGGACAACAACGCUUCUAAAUUGGUUAACAACAACAUGCAUUUGACAGAUCCGAACCAAUUAGAGGCAGCAGGAGAAGCCAUCCGCAGGAUUUAUACUGACGGGCCAUUAGCUGAUGAUUUGGGAAAAGCCGUCCGAUAUCAUAGUGACACUUCAUUCACAAGGGGAAUAAUUCGUUAUGCUCAGAUGCAGUCUAAAUUCAGCGAUAUCUACUUCUACCAGUUUUCUCAUUAUGGUCCCAUCAUUGGAGAUAGGCCAAAUAUUGAGGGUGCCUACAAGGUGGGUCAUUCUGAUGACAACGCUUUUAUAUGGACAUACGGAAACUGGAGUGGGAUGAACUAUCAAAAACCAGAAGAUAUUUUGACGUCCAAUCGUUAUACGACGUUAUUCACGAACUUCGCGAAGUAUUUAGAUCCUACUCCAGAACCAUCAAGCCUGUUUGAUAACAUUGACUGGCCCACAGUUGAUCCAGAUAAUUUCCAGUAUCUGGAUAUAAACGACACCUUAACUAUCAAGAAGAAUCCUAAAGGUGACGUCUUCCCAAAAUGGGUGGAAGUUUACGAACAAAUGGCUAUCAAGCCCUAUACUACUUUCUGAGUCUGAUUGAUUUUAUACGUGAAUAAAAAGUAAUAAAG